UCUGCACUGGUCAGAGAUAAACAGCUGUGCUCAUCCUGGGAGAAGAAGAUGGAGGCCAAGCGUGAGAAGCAGCUGGUGAAACAGUAUUCUUUGCAGCUUAAAGAGGAGAAAUCCAGACAGAAAGAGGAAAAGAGAAAAAGGAGAGAAGAAAACUUGAAACGUCGUGCAGAGAAUGAACGCAAAGCAGAGAUUGUGCAAGUGAUCAAGAACACGACAAAGAUCAAGAGGAUGAAAAAGAAACAACUCAGAAAAAUUGAGAAGAGAGACACUCUAGCUCUGCUGCAGAAGUCACAGAAGCAGAGUGUAAAAGCCAAAGGGCAAAAAAGUCACAAGAUUGACCAAAAUUUGACCUAAAGACAGAGAUAAUAAACAUGCACCAGUUCAAAACUUAACCCAUGUGUCUUAUAUUUGGGUGUCUUAGACACAACAAACAUACUUCUAUGGGAGGAUGUAUUUACCAAAGGUUUUUUUUUAACAUACUGGUAUGUUAAAAAUAAAUAAAUGUUGCACAUA